AUGCCUGGAAGAAAAGUCAGAAAGAGCACUGGUAUCGUCAAACAACGCCGUAAUGAAGACGUCGGGCUAGUGGAGGAGCUAGCUGGCGCGGAGGAGCUAACUGGUUCAGAGGAGGAAUUAGCGGAGGAGCUAACAUCAGAUACGGUGCGGGUUGGACAGAAAAUGUCAGACUUGGAUACCGUCCUGCGUGAGAUAAGAGAAUUCAGACGGGAAACGGUGGAGAGCCUGAACGCCAUCAGGGAAGAUAUUAUCCUACAAACUGUAGGAUUGAUGAGACUGAGAAACGGAUUGGGGAUACGGAGGAGCGUAUCCAGUAUAUGGAGGAGGCGACAUGUGAGCUCAUUCAAUUUUGCAAGAAGCUGA